GUCUGCAGGCUGUUCCAUGCACACAGCCAAGCAUUCCCAAUGACAGAGGUGUUUUCAGUCACACCUGAAUUGGGUGUUUUGGUACAGAUUAUAUGAAUGGCCCUUUCUCAAGCCAGACCUCUGGGGCACUCCACUAAUAAUAAUAACUCUCAUUAUGGCAUUGCUCAUUGACCGGGUGCAUUAGUACACUUAGGGUAAGUAAUUCUCAGAAUCCCGGUCUCUCUGCCUCUGCAAACAGUGCUGUAUGGAUCUCAAUGGCUUGUCAGCUUCCUUGCAGGAUUUUUGGAAUUGGCGCUGUUGAAAGACUCCCAAAUUGUUCCAAACUGCUGGCUCAAGGCUGUGCUGCUCACUUGGAAGCAGUGGUGCUGUAACAGUGCACCCAAAACAGAUGUGCUCAUGGAACUGUGUCUGCUGUGAGGUGCUUGUCCCAGAGCUGCAGCAGCAGUUUAAUUGGCUUUCUGUCAGCGCUGCUGACAGCUCACAUGCUGAUGGAACUACUCUGGCUUCCUUUGAUUAACCAGUAAUUUCUUCUCUCAUAUAUUCAAGGAACGUGUGAAGUAAGCAGACAUAUUUGGGAUCAACCUGAGUCUUUUCUACACGUGUAGGACUUCUCGGUGGGUGGCUUUCUGAUCUGCCUGUGUUUAAAUGCCACACAUUUGGAAAUAAUAGCAACCCUAGCACUCCCACAGCGUGAAAUUACACACAUAUGCAUCAUCUCAUAAUAUAUAUAAAAUGCCAACGUUGAUCUCUGACAGUUUGUAGAUGGUAUUUGCAAUGUAAACUGUAUGGUAAUGACUUUUUGGGGAAAAAGACUGCUGGAACAUAAAGUGAUUUUGUUAGGCUAAAUGUGGUUCUCACUGCCCAAGUUCUCAUGGCUCUCACUGAAGUCAGGCUUGUGCAUCGUUAUGGCAGUGAUAAAUUUGGUCUUGCAUUUAUCUGUUCUUUCUGAGGAGAUGCCAAACAGUGGCAGUGAAUCAGUCUUGGACUGCAUUAUUAUCAGGACGUAUCUCCUGUGGAACAGAAGAGUUGAAAUACUAUAAAAAGUAAAAAGGAGCCUUGAGUUUGACUUCCAGCCUCUGGUUUGGGCACCAUGAGUCUCUGCAGUGCUGUCUUCACGAUGGGAGUGAACAAUGACAAAGUUACUGAAUGUCUGGAGUAGCUUUUUUCCUGUCUGACUUUCCCAGUUCUUUCCACACAUUCAAGAUUGUAUUUUAUAACAGUAGACAAUGUUAUUAGCUCAGAUAAACCGAGACUCUCAGGGAAUGACUGAAUUUUCUGGAGGAGGAAUGGAGGCCCAGCACGUGACUCUGUGUCUGACAGAAGCUGUAGCUGUGCAAGGUGAACCUUCAGAUGGGGAUAACUUGGAAAACAUGGAAGGUGUAAGUUUGCAAGCAGUUACCCUGGCUGAUGGCUCCACUGCUUACAUACAGCACAAUUCUAAAGAUGGUAAAUUAAUGGACGGCCAAGUGAUUCAAUUAGAAGAUGGUUCUGCUGCUUAUGUUCAACAUGUACCUAUGCCUAAAAGCAGGGACAGCUUGCGUCUGGAGGAUGGACAGGCAGUUCAGCUGGAAGAUGGAACUACAGCAUUUAUUCAUCACACCUCGAAAGACAGUUAUGACCAGAGUGCGUUACAAGCUGUCCAGCUGGAGGAUGGAACCACUGCCUACAUCCACCACACGGUGCAAAUGCCCCAGUCAGACACCAUUUUAGCCAUUCAGGCUGAUGGCACCGUUGCAGGUCUUCACACAGGAGAUGCUGCCAUCGACCCGGACACCAUCAGUGCUUUGGAGCAAUAUGCAGCCAAGGUGUCUAUUGAUGGAAAUGACAGUGUUAGUGGCACAGGAAUGAUAGGUGAAAAUGAACAAGAUAAAAAAAUGCAGAUUGUCCUGCAAGGACAUGGAACAAGAGUGACUGCAAAAUCUCAGCAGACUGGAGAGAAAGCCUUUCGCUGUGACUAUGAUGGCUGUGGCAAACUGUACACAACAGCUCACCAUCUUAAGGUGCAUGAGAGGUCACACACAGGAGACAGACCAUAUCAGUGUGAACAUCCUGGAUGUGGCAAAGCAUUUGCAACAGGGUAUGGGUUAAAAAGUCAUGUCCGAACACACACUGGUGAAAAGCCUUAUCGGUGCACAGAAGAAAAUUGCACCAAAUCAUUCAAGACUUCAGGAGACCUGCAGAAACAUAUUCGAACCCACACAGGUGAAAGGCCCUUUAAGUGUCCCUUUGAAGGAUGUGGCAGGUCAUUCACAACAUCUAAUAUUAGAAAGGUUCACAUCAGGACACACACAGGCGAAAGGCCUUAUUACUGUACAGAGCCAGGAUGUGGGAGAGCUUUUGCCAGUGCAACUAAUUAUAAGAAUCAUGUGAGAAUACACACAGGGGAGAAGCCCUAUGUCUGUACAGUUCCUGGUUGUGAUAAACGUUUUACAGAGUAUUCCAGUUUAUACAAACAUCAUGUUGUACACACUCAUUCCAAACCCUACAACUGUAAUCACUGCGGGAAAACCUACAAGCAGAUUUCUACUCUUGCUAUGCACAAGCGGACAGCUCACAACGACACUGAGCCCAUUGAGGAAGAACAAGAGGCUUUUUUUGAGCCACCUCCAGGUCAAGGUGAAGAUGUUCUCAAAGGUUCCCAGAUAACCUAUGUGACAGGGGUAGAGGGAGAAGAUGUAAUUUCUGCACAGGUUGCUACAGUUACUCAGUCAGGAUUAGGCCAACAAGUGGCACUAAUAUCCCAGGAUGGAACCCAGCAUGUCAACAUAUCCCAGGCAGACAUGCAGGCCAUCGGCAAUACUAUCACGAUGGUGACACAAGAUGGCACCACCAUCACCGUCCCUGCCCAUGACGCCGUCAUCUCUUCUGCAGGAACGCAUUCCGUGGCGAUGGUUACUGCGGAGGGCACCGAAGGACAGCAGGUUGCCAUUGUGGCUCAAGACUUAGCAGCAUUUCACAGUGCCUCCUCAGAAAUGGGACAUCAGCAACACGGGCACCAUUUAGUGACUACAGAAACUAGACCUGUUACAUUGUUGGCUACGUCCAAUGGGACACAAAUUGCAGUACAGCUUGGAGAACAACAGUCUCUGGAAGAAGCCAUUAGAAUAGCCUCCAGAAUACAGCAGGGUGAAACACCAGGGAUUGAUGAUUAACUUCUAAAACUGCUACCAGAACAAUAGAGGGAAAGGUAUUUUAUUUUCAAUCAGCAAAGGUCCAUGCCAGCAGCAAACCAUAAAAACUUUGAAGUCACCCACUCACUGAUACUGUGUACACAUUUUAUGCAAGAGCGAAGAACAUUUUCUAAGUUUUGUGUACAUAACCCUUGGAAUGGACUGACAUCAUCUACUUCCAACCGUUGUGUUCAGGAAUAUGGAAUUAGGAUUAUAUAGUAAACUUCCUUGUUAUCCUUUCAUCAGAUUUCAGACUGGUCUACAAGCAAGUGAAAAAUAGAAGUAUUGGAAUUAAUUUUUAAUGUCAUGUACAAAUAAUGAAGGCAUUACUGAAGAUUUCAGAUGUUUAAAUCACCAUUUCAGGAACCCUUACAAAUAAUAAAGGCAAUAAAGCCUUUUAAAUUGCAUUCCAUCAAUGGAAAAGUCUUGGAUUUUGAGCCUACUACUGUAAAUCUUCGUAUUUUGAUUUGUUUCAUACAGAUUUGAAUACUCUUUAGAUUAUCUACCCCAUCUCAUUCAUUGUAAAUACAGACUGUUAAUGCUGGAAAUGCUAAUUAUAUUAUCUUUAAAUUGGAUUAUGUACAAAGGACAAACUGGUUGUUCAAUAUUAAAGAAAGUAAAUCUAAUGGUUUUGUUUCUUUACAUAUUUUACUUAAGAUGUUACUCUCAGAUUAUUAUGCAAUAAAAUAUAGCAAGAUUGUAUUGUUUAGAUAGGAUGAUAUUGUCGUGUGAUGUAUUGGUUUACUUCCUAAUGAGACUGAAAUUCAAAUUAUUUAUUUACGGCCUUGUAUAAAUUUUUCCAAAGUUUAUUUAUCAUAAACUUAAUUUUUUGACGUUUUAAUUUUGAUCAUAAUCCACUACAGUGUGUUAAGUAAUUAGUGGUAAUAGUUACUUCAAACAUUCUAAAACACUACAAGAAUAAUUUUGACUAAAAAGUAAAGUUACCCGUUCUCAAGAGAAAUAUCUUCAAAUGGUGCAUUUGCAGCAUAAGUACAAGUACUAAUAGUCUAUUUUCAACAGUUCUGAGUGCCUGCUGCUACCAUUCAGUACCUAGGAUAUGCUGAUAAUCAGUGCUUUUGAAAAUCAGGACACAAGUUACUAGAAAAAAGGGAUUAAUUAAUGAUGAUGUAAGUACAAUGUUCCUCUCCAACGAUCGUUCUGUAAAGGAAAAAAAAAUCUGUUGUAGAUAUGUCUUAACACAUACAGCAAAAUGUAACUUUUUUUUAUAUGAAAAGUGUUUCUACUCUUGUCUUGUUAGUAAGCUGGUUAAGCAAGUUAAAAUUUUUUGACUUCCUGUAAGAUUCAGUGCUUAUUUUAGAUGAGUGUUGAGAGCACUUCUGAACCUGAAGCCUCAUUUUUCUUCCUUCUCAAGGGAAGGAAUAAACAUUCUCUGGACAAAGUCUUUAUCAAGUAAUCACAAGCAUUAUGAGGUGCACAUUCUACAUGAAAAAAUAAAGUCCAUUACUCCAUACUUUGAGGUAUUUGACCUCAAAAAGGCCAAAUUUGAAUAGAACGAAGCUAAUUAAUUGUGAAUUACUCUAUUAGUGUGGGUUGCAGCCUUUUAUGUUUUCUACACAGAGGCCAACUGUAAAGUGCAGUGAGAGAAUACUGUAAAGGGGGAUAGAUGGGGACAAAGCAGAGACUAUUCUCUGGAUCUAUUAGAGAGUACAACUUGGAAACAAUUAGGCUGUCUGUAACUUUUGUAUAGGACUGAGGCUGCUUGCUCACUUAGGUGCCAGUUUUCCUGAAGUGUUGUAAAUCUUGAUAUCCCAUGGAGAUAAAUGUACUAUGCAAGGAGGAUUAAUUGCCUGUCAACUAGACCAGUUUCUUAGUACUUACCACCUUUUAGAAAUUAAAGUUGUAUCAUUUGACAUGAACGCUCAA